UCGCGAUAUCUCGCGUCCUAAGGAUGGUGUUGUGUUAGAGGGAGUGGGAGAGGAGGGUGAGGGGUACCCACAAAGAUGUUGCGUGAUUUUUUGGAAAUUUAUUUAUUUAAAUAAAAAUGGCCGCCGCAGAGAGCGGAGAGGAGAGACUAGGUGAGGACAAAAAUGAAGACCAGGAAGGCUCCAAAGACAAGACCCAGAAGCAGAAGAAAAACAAAAGGGAACGUCAAGAUGUGGAAAAACUGGAAGCCACCGUCUCCGUUCCUCCGCCUGGGCCUCUGUUCACGCAGGGGGAUGAAGGACAACAGAGGGAGUUGGGAAAAUCUGAACCCACUGACCCUGAAGUCGGAGGCGCUCUCAGCGCUCCAGAAUCUUCCGCCUCAGCCAAGCAGCGGCGCUCCGUUAUCCGGGACAGAGGGCCGCUGUACGAGGACCCUUCACUGCCUCAGGGUUGGACACGUAGGCUGAAACAGCGCAAGUCGGGGAGAUCUGCCGGCAAAUUUGACGUCUACCUGAUCAACCCAGAAGGGAAAGCCUUCCGUUCCAAAGUAGAGCUCAUGGCGUACUUUCAGAAGGUGGGCGACACCACCACGGACCCAAAUGACUUUGACUUCACGGUCACGGGCCGAGGGAGCCCAUCUCGCAGAGAAAAGAGACCGCCAAAGAAACCCAAAGUGGUAAAACCCUCCGGUCGCGGGAGGGGCCGGCCGAAAGGUAGCGGCAAGAUACGGCAAACCACGGAAGGGGUAGCGGUGAAACGCGUUGUGGAAAAGAGUCCAGGGAAACUCCUCGUAAAGAUGCCCUUCAUGACCCCUAAAACAGAACCGGGGGCUCCUUUGGGGCAAGCGCCGGUUGCCAAAGUGCGCCGAGGACGCAAAAGGAAAUCUGAACAGGAGCAGCCGAGCACCCCUAAAAAACGUGGACGCAAGCCGGCCGCUGCGGUACAGUCGGUGGUAGGGACAGGAUCUAGCGUCGCGUACGCCGCAGCCGCCAUCCUCACGGCCGAGGCGAAAAAGAAAGCUCUGAAGGAGUCUUCCUCAAAGCCCGUCCUGGAGAGGGCGCUUCCUAUCAAAAAACGGAAAACACGAGAGACUAUGGAGGAGCUGGAAGGAUCAACUACCUCCGUGACUGAAACGUCUACGACCAUGACGUCUACGACCGUGACGUCCGCACCGAGCGUGACGGGGGUAGCAAAACGACUGACGCCGUCAACUGUGACCUCUGCGGUAGAGGAGGCGGAAACGGCACAGAAGCCUCACAAGCAUCUGGGACGGAAGCACAAAGAGGCAUCGACGGAUCCCGGGAACGGCAGCAGCGGGGAUGGAAGCGGUGGACACAAAAGUCACAAGAAGCGAGAUCAACGAGGGCAGCACUUUAAACAUCACCACCAUCAUCAUCACCAUCGAUACCUGCAGGCCGUGCCACCCUCCACCUACACUCCACAGGCCCACCAGCUCUCCCUGGGUCACUCAACGCAAGGGGGUCCGCCCGUGCCAGCGGCCGCAGAAGGUGAACCCCGUGACUUGAGCGCCUCCAGGCCCAAACAGGAGCACGCGGCCCGCAGAGAGGAAGCCAGAACUGACAGCUCCUCAGCCAGGGACUCUCAGAACGCAAGCAAGAUGGCUUCCGCCGACUUGAGAGGGCAGCAGACGACUGUGACGGGUGACGGCAAGGAGCUGAGAGACAUUGUACCGCCCUCCGCCGUCCCGAGGCCGAGUCGAGAGGAAACGGUCGAGUCCCGGACACCAGUGAGCGAACCAGUGAGCUGACUUACUAACUGACCAAUCGGCAUCAGCAGCUUGGCGUGUGAAGGAAGUAGAGGCCGUCACAGUGAGACGAGUGAUUUUACGUUCUUUUUUACUGAGGAAAAAGAAAAUGGAAACAAAAGUAUACAAAAAUGUAAACGCACUUAAACAAAAGGCAGCUGUUGUGUCUCGUUCUCUCUGUGGAUUGGAUGCGGGGCGAUGAUUAUCUUUGACGUAUUGCUUCCGGGUGAAUUCUCUGCUAUCCUUUUUCUUUAUAGUUUUCUUUUUAUCAGCUAUAUCUUUGUAUUAGUAUAUCUUAGCACUCACCUAAAUUGUUAUUCUUUUGUCAAAGCUUGUAGGAAAUAGAAACACGCGCAAGUGGUAAUGGAUGCACAAGUCAAACGCCAUAGUUGUUGCAAAACGUUCCCAAUCCAAAUGCUUUCAAAAUUAUUCACGUGUCAUAGUCAUGUCAUCUUGAACCUAUAUGCCAACCUAUUUUUGAUUUUGUGUCAUAAAGGUGACACAAUCCGAUGGCGAUGCUGCGCCGCAUCUUUUCAUGUGAGCUGGAGACAGCUGUUGCGGCAUCCUCACCCCUUUUCCUUUUAAAUUAAAAUGUCUAGGAUAACUCCGACAGACAAGAACUUCGUAGUUUUGGGAAGAUUUAUUGGAAUUAGGGAAUAGUGUUUUAGUGGUUUUCCUUAAUUAUUACUAGUUGAGAAAAAAUUCAACUAGGGCAGGAAGCGUUCGUUUUUAUUUUCUCUGGUGAGGAAGCUAAAGCACAAACGUAUUUGUUUGGGAAUAACGAAAGCACAUCCAGUCUAGCGUCUGGAGAAGAAGUAUAUGCCGAUAUUCGAUUGGAAAAGUAGAAGAGGAGGAUCUUGUUAAGAUGAAUUUGUUAUGUUCGCCUGCUUGUUUCCAUAAAGUACAAUUAAAAUAGUGGCCUUGUGUUUCAGCAACACAAAUCCCUACAAAAAAAAGUAUUUAGUUUCAAAUGUAGCUUUUUGUUCGACUUUGUGUGGUUCCAGAGUAUUCCCGUAGAGCUGCUGUUGUAUAACUGAUUCAGAUGGGAUAAGUGCAUAGACGGCUAUAUUUAUAUAAUGUCUUGUCAGGCUAUAGUUGUGUCAGAUGCAUGGGUUGCUUAUGUUUGCGUGCUUUAGGUCUACACACAAAAUGGCUUAGCUGUUUAUUACAGUGCUUAGUCUUUCCUGUACAUAAAGGUCUAUAAUUUCAGGUACCGCACUGAUGGCCACCAAACGGGGGGUGAUGAUGUAGAGAAUAAUGAACAGAAAUUCGUUAUUAAUUGUCUUGGCUAACGUAAGAAAAUCUUCGUGUGUGUAGAUUAUGAACGAUUUAUUUUUUUAUCACCUACUGAAUUGUCACUCACCUAAAUACAAGCAUUUGUUUGCAAUCAAAAUCAAGGACUAUACAUGCAUAAAUUUGUUAAUUGGACGAAGAGUGUGUCGUAAGUAUUUAUUAGAAAAUAUAUUUAAUUGUACAUUAGAGAUUCAACUUAAUUCUAAGGAAUUUCUGAACUAAACUGAGGAAGUUCUUUGUUCGUAAUGGUUUAGGAUUUCACACAAACUUUUUGUGUUUCCUUUUUUUAUUUCUAAAAUAAAAUGCACCUUGCUGGGGAAUCCAAAUUGUCAGAGGCCGUCCCAAUUUUUGCAGCUAUUCUCUGGUUAGGCUGCACAGACUUCUGUUUCAUGUCCAGAGGUUGUAACUUUCCUAUAUGUUCAAAGUAAUCAUAAUGCCCGUAUUUGUUAAGUUCAGCGUUUUAUUUUUAUAAUGUGUGGUGAACCCAUAGACUGUAAAAAUAUGGACGUAGUGUCCCUGACAUCACCUAUAGGUUUUUGAAGAGGUUUCAUGAAGUAGUAGGCGGAAGUAGGCGGUGCCUGCCGUCGCCAACUCGGGCGCGUGUAACCGCAUCACUUGCGGAUAACCAAAAAUGGGUAAAGAGGUGAGACAUGGGUGAAACUGAGGUGGCUGGUUGCUGAAACCACGCCCGCCAGUGGCAGUUCACCUGUCACUCAAGUGGCCACGCCCUUAAUUAUGCAGAACUUUAAAGCUUAACAUAAUUGAAACGGAUGAGUUACAAAAAAAUUAACCCAUUCACAGUUGUCAUGAAGGGCAAGAUAAGCUAUAUAAUAUAGACCAAAAACACUUUUUGUACCAGGCUUAUUUUCUGCUGUAAAGUUGGGCAUUUUAACAUGGGGGUUUAUGGGAUUGACUCCCUUUUGGAGCCAGUCUCUAGCAGCCCGUCGAUAAAUUGCAGUUUAAGUCACUUCCGUAUUGGCUUCAUCAGAGAGAUUGGAAGGUUGCCCAUUGGGAUAAACCUCAAAUUUGGAAAGCAUGUCAAUGCUACCUUUCUCUAAAGUUUCUGUUCAUACUUCUGUGUAUGUUUGUAACCAGUUAUGAGGUUACAAAGACAUUUUAGGUCAGAUCUUGACUGUUACCACCUAGGGCUGGGCAAAAAAAAAAAGAUUUUUCGAUUAAUCUUUUUUUUUACGUGGUCGAUUCAAAAUCGAUUCUCAAAGGCCACGAAUAAAUUUUUUUCCAUAGGUAUUUCCGCAAACAUUGAAUUUAAGAUUAACGUUAAUCUAAUUACUAUACAGGCUUGUGGCUCUUAGUUUCUUUUUAUUGAUUACCCUUGUAAACUUAUGUUCACUGUUCUUUUUUAUAAAUAUACAAUUUGUAUUAAAUCUAUAUUCAUUGAGUUGAAUCGAGGAUAAAAAUCAGAGAAUCGGAAUCGAAUCUAGAAUCGAAAUUGAAUAGAUUUGUUUGCUUGCGAAUCGAAAUCGAAUCGAUCUGGAACAUCUGAAUCGAUACCCAGCCCUAUUUCCACCACACAAUUCUACCUGUAAAUCUAAUAACUAAAUCUAAUAUCUAGUCAUGUUUCCUUUGUAAUGUGCACUUAUCAGAUGGAAGUUAACAUAACCAAGCGUGAUGGGAUGUUACAACCGAUGGGAAUAUUUGAAUGCCAAUACACUUAUAAAAAUGCUGGGUUUUUUAACCCAAAAUUAUGUUUUUUUUUUUGGUUAAAUAUAAAAAAAUUGGUUUGUCCUUUUUUGACCCAACUUUGGGUUAAAAAUAACCUAGCAAUUUUUAGAUUGUAUGCAUAAAUGACAAAGUUUAACCUUAUAAAUGCAUUUUAUAAGGUCUCUGUUCAAGUUUGUCAGUGCAAUUUAAUACUUAAAGUAUAUUCAAAUAUUUAUCAGUCAGAAAGAGACAAGACACGCACCCGUCUAUAAAUCUUCUUUUGCUCUGUUAGUUUUGCUAGAGUAUGAUGAUGUUUUUUUGAGUUUUUGGAUAGUGAGUGCUUCAUGUGGUAUCUUAUUGCUUUUAAAUGAAAAUAUACCCUUUUUUCACCUAAUGUGUAGACGAAAUUAGCUUUGACAAUCCCACAGGACAUUACUUGCAUCAAGAGUGAAAGCUGUUGGUUUCCAUUCUCUUCCUUCACCACCACCUGCCCCCCUUCCUCGAACCCUCACCAGUGGGAAGAGGCACAAUGGAUUAAAGAGCGUUUGCGCUCUGAACAAGGGCUAUGUAAUCAUUUCAAAUAGUCAGAAGCAGAUGGCGGAAUGGGUUUUGAUGUCAGGGUUUUAUUUAAAGAAACGGUGAUCUGUUCCACUUUGUAAAGGCAAACUCGGUUAAUAGCUUGAGGUCAAACUAGCGACUUUAAGUGUUGACAACCACUGGCUCACUCUUUGUCCUUGUCGGAGUUUGAGCGCUCACUUAACCAGCGGUUGACGUGGUGACCUGUCCGCGGUGAAUGUCUCCCUGGUCUGGAUAAAUUUGGGGGGCGAGUGAAUGAAGGUUGCAGAAUGGAUCAUUUCGACUUUUACUCAGCAUGUAAAGACUUCUCAUAAUAAAAUAACAUGAAUGAAUGAAAGGAAAGAAACCUCCAGACAUGAACGGAAGUUUUAGUGAAAAGCAUCAACUCUUAUUGACCACAAAAGAUGCAUCUGGUCUGGCUGCAACAGAAAGGGUAGUGCCUUUAUUUUGGGAGACUUACUAAGGUGGUAGAAGUGACCUUUGAUUCUGAAGAAACACGUUUAUCCCAGCAAAGCCGAAGGUGAAUAAACUAAAAUGUUUUGGUUUGAUUGGUCAGUUUUUAUAUAGGUAGGAUGUGCACUGGUGUGUUGUAACUAGAUGUUAUUGUUAAUGAUUUUUUCUGCCGGACGUUCGCGUCCGCAUAUUAACCCAUGAACUUCUUUACUUUCGUAGCGUUCAAGGCCACUGACAAAAACCGAGCCCUGCAAAUGGGUGAAGACAAAAUUACUUUGAUUAUUUAUAUGUUUUUGUUUUUUUGUGCCGCUGGCAGUGAAAUAUGCUAUGGAAUGUCCUUGUGUCCUUGUAGCCAAAAAAAUACAUGCUAUGUACGUGAACAUGUAUCAAUAUGCAUGAUUGCCAUUAGAAGAUAGGACAUUGCUUGCCCUUUACUAUUAUAUACAAGAUGUUUUCAAACAGCACUCCAGAAGCUGAGCCCCACAUGCCAACUGAAUCUGAAGGAUUUUUAGGAGGUAUCAAAUACUGAACGUGUUUUGUUAAAUAAAGGCUAGCUGUGCACUUCAGUCUGUUUAAUAUGAACAAAUUGAUUUUUUUCUUUAGUGAAUAACUUGCAAAAUUGCAUUUAUUUGUGUUACCACGUAGUGGUUAUAUUCUUAUUUCUCUCAGUUUUAUUUAAUUUAAUGAAUAAAUCCACCAUUUGGAAUAGACCUUUUUAUCUUGUAGCAAUAGUGUACCCAACAGACCUGACUGAAUUUUCUUCUCAAGUAUGUUUCUAAUUUGUGUACUUUGUUUAAUAAUAUUAUCUGAAGUUAAUAAAAAGUUUACCCAUUUAAAUGAAAUACAGCACUUCCAGUCAUACAAGCAGGAUAAUUUAAAGUCAAAUAGAUAAAAAAAGUGAAACUAUAAGAAAUAGUUCCACAGUUGCACCGUGAUAAAAAAGUUCAUGGUCUAUUUAAUUAACAUAGUCUUGUGCCUUGAAGUUUCCGUAUAAUAGAAUUUAUCUUUAUACUGUAGUUGUAUUUUUAUUCAGAGUCCUGUGUUUGCCUCUUGUUGGUAUUCAAUGCUUUGGAUGUAUUAAGGAUUUCUAGAAAUCAACAAUAUGUUUGCUUUUCUUUAUUUUCUUAAUUGAAAAAAUGCAUUGGAUAACAUUAGAAAGAUGUAUUUGGGCAAUAUCGAUGAUGUAAAAAGCUAUAGGAUCUCAAUGUUUUUCCAUCCCUUGUAUGUGUCUCUGAUUAUUGAGUGAAGCGUGUUGUUGGGAAAUAUUUUUCAUUAUACCAUCACAACUUUGCCUCAAACAUAAUCUUCCAAUCACAACAUUCAGUUUCACGACAGAAAGGUUUUAACCUUGACCGGAAGGACGACGAGUCUAAGAUCUGCACUUUAUAAAGAAUGUUUCCCGGCAGGACACCCAUUAACUUUUUGUAUGUAUUUUUUUUUACCUUUGUCCAAAGCUGUUUUGUUUUCAUAUAUUUUUUUUUGUUAGUUUUAAAUUAAAGGGAUUAGUAGUAUGUAUCUAAAAAUAUGUUAUUUUAACCAAACAAUCCUACCGACUAUAGGUGUCAGUGGUUAAUCACCGUCUGCCAAGCUGAGUCCUUGCCUUCCUGAAAGUGAAAAGUAUAGUUUGUGUCUACUUUUAUAGUACUGUGUUACUGUAUCAUUUGUUUGCCGUAUGUAACAGAUACACAAUAGUAAACAACAUUUACCUGC